AUGACAUCCCAAGUUUUGAAAAACGCAGUCAAAUUCUUGAAAGAAUACACUCCAUGUGACGUUAGUGAUUCCUUAGCUAAACAAGGAUUGAAAAAUGGUGGAUUCUUUCCCAAUUUAACUCAAUAUUCAAGCAGUUCACAAUCCAGUACAGAUGGUUCAGUAGUGGGUACAGCUUAUACUGUUUUAUUUGCUCCAAUAGACGAUCCUAGACCAUCUGUUAAAGGUGGUUAUAUUGAUCAUAUUCCUGAAGGUUCAUUUGUUGUUAUUGGAUUGACUAAGGAAUUACAGAAAAGUGAAGCCCCAUAUGUCAAAGUCAAUAAUGCGUUAUAUGGUGGAUUGAUGAGCACAAGAGCUCAAUAUUUGAAUGCUAAUGGGACUGUGGUAUUUGGAAGAAUAAGAGAUGUCAAUGAGCAUCGUUCUUUGAAAUAUCCAGUCUUUGCUUAUGGGCUGGGGACUACAGCUGCACAAUCUGUUGUUAAAAUUGUGGGCGUUCAGGUUCCUAUAGAGAUCAAUAUUGGUGAAAACUUUUAUGAAACUAUUGAGCCACAUGAUUUGAUUAUUGGUGAUGAAAAUGGGAUUGUUAGAAUACCAAAGACUGUUGAUUUAGAAAGUGUCUUGAACUACAUUCCAAAAAGAGUCGAAGCUGAUCAAUUGGUGGCUACUGAUAUUGCAAAUGGUAAACCUGCCAACCCUUCACAGAAAGAACGUAGAGCCGGUCUUUAA